CUUCCAACCACAUGGCAGGCAAACAGGAAGAAAACAAAAUACAGCAGUCUACACAUUUUCUCUCAGAAUUUUAUUGAGCUAUGGAAGUCCCACCUGAUGUAAAGAAGAAUGUUCGAUCGGUCCUGCUGUCCAAGGUGGGCGGGGUUCUAGUCAGCGAGUUUGGCAAGGACUACAAAAGUCUUCUACAGAAACCCUUACAAUACAAGGCCAUGGGAUUCCAGACAAUGACAGAUUUCAUAAAGGCCAUGCCAGAUGUUGUCAGAUUGCAAUUUGAUGACCAUGCUAUGGCAUACAAGAUGUUUGGAAUUGGUGACCCUAAUAUGUACAUGUGUGUAUCGGCCAAGAAGGCAGAGCGGGGCUUUGGAGGAGUAUCCUCAGAUCCAGCUAAUGUUCUGUCUGACAUGAAGAGUCCUAUUUCUAUCAGCAAUGGACAUCGUGAUAAUGAAAGAAAAAUCAACCCAAAUGCAAAAGGCCUGUACAGUCUGUGUUAUCCUAGGAACAAGGAACCAAAAGGCUUUUCUGAAGAUGAGGUGCUGCAGAAAUUUUCCGAGUUUGGAGAUAUAGGCGAUGUUAACAUCAUUCCUGGAUUGAUAUUCAUCCGAUUUGAAGAUAAAUCAAGUGCAAUCAAAUGUCUAAAUCUUUACGAAAGUCGUCUUGAGAUGAGGAUCGCAGAUGAAAGGAGACCAAAAAAUGUCAGCCAGAGGGUAGCUCCAAAGGAGUCUGGCGAUGCACAUGACACUCUUAUCCAGAAAAAAUCUCCUAAAGCACCAAUUUCAUCUGCUUAUGGAGAUAAAAUAGAAGUUUACAUUGGGAACAUCAACCAGCAUGUUUCAAAGGAGCAGUUUGAUGAACUUCUGGAGCCUUUCUCCCCCAUAGCUAUCCGAAUGGUCAAACCCAAGGCGGACCCAAGAAAAGUGUUUGCCUUUGCAGACUUUCAUGUUCACCAGGAAGCUCAGGCAGCAACAGCGAUACGUGAACUAGACCAAAUGGACUGGGAAGGCAGGAAACUUAACGUCCGCUUCGCUCAGCCAGACAAACCAACAUUUGAAAAAAACAGCUUAAACAACCAAAGAAGCAAACCAAGUGCAGGUGGAGAUAAUAACGGAAACCGAUCAAGGAAAUUCCAGCCGGCUGUUGAAGAUGAGGAUGAGUGGGGAGAGGAACCUGACAGUAGUGGUCAGUCUAAACUCACCAAUGGUGUAGCACAACAAAGUCUGUCCUCAAAAAUGGCGGCUUUAUCAGUAGAUGUAAGUAAAACUUCAUCACCAAUGUCAAAACAUUCUCCUGUGAUAAGCCCACAAAAACUGCACCCAAUAAUCUCACCCAUCAGAAGCCCUGAGGGACCUCCAAUUCAAAGACAAUUACCGAAAAAGACACUCAGCCCAGAGGUGGCAACUCAAAAGAUCAACCAAAAACCAAAAAAGUCAAAUUUUGAUGAGAUGCCACCUCUGGAAAAAAUCAACCAACAUGAUGAAAUGCCUGAACUGGAGCCAAUUAACAGUAGAUAUUCAGGAAUGCCUAGUCUAGAGCGAAUUCCUGGUAAAUAUUCAGGGAUGCCCAACCUUGAACACAUUGGCAGUGGACAAGAUGGAAUGCCAGGACUGGAGAUGAUUGGCGGUGGACCACACAGGAUGUACUCGCCUUACGAUAAAAACCGACCAGUGAUGCUGUUUAUUGGAAACUUCGUUUACUACGAAAAUGAGCAUGACUUAGCCAACCUAUUUGAGGCCUACGGAGUUCAGUAUGUGGAAAUACGAAACAACAAUGACAGGAGAAAAACGACGAGUGCAGUAGUGACAGUAGCCAACAUGGAGAUGGCUAACAGGGCCAUGAUGGAGCUGGACCAGACAUAUCACCGCGGUCGCCGACUACUGGUCUGUAUGGCCAAGGAGGAUCCGGCCUACGAACCUGCAUCUGUAUUCACCGCCCCUCAGAACCUCCACAAUAUCAAAUGUACAAUUGGUGGAUCAGGUGUAUCCCACAGAAACGUGACCUUGGGUGAAGAGAGCCUGUGUGACAUGCAGAGGGGUCGCGGCCGAAGCUUUGCUAAGGGAGGAGCCCAGUAUAGAGAAACGUCAUCAUCCUCAUCUUCCAGCCAAGACACCAAAAUAUCCGAAACCACUAUCAUCAAAAAGACUUUUAACUCACUGUUGAUGACAUACAAAAUCAUUAUGAGCAAACUGGGCGCACGUAGACGGGACUUGGCCUUCAACACCAGGGAGGAAAUCAAUGUGUAUGUGACAUCCGUGUAUGAUGAGCAGCACUUCUGGGGACAGGUGCUACAUGAUGAGUCAACUAUAGCAUACCUUAAUACAGUUAUGAAUGACCUACAAUGUAUGGAGACCCGAAUUGGAAAUACAAAGGGCUUGGGCAGGUGUGCUGCACAGAUUGAUGACGAAUGGUUCAGGGGUUGGAUAACUGCUGAAAGGCCUGGUUUCAAGGUUGACGUAUUCUUCGUUGAUUACGGCAAUACAGCUACAAUGGAUAAGUUCAAGACUAGUUUGACGAUACCAGAGGUGUGGGAAAUCAAGCCAAUGGUCAGGCCAUUCAAGAUUAUAGAAGGCUCCCUUCCUCUGACAAAGGAGAUGGUGUGGAAAAUUGUCACGAUGACAGUAAACAGAAUCGGUGUAGAUGACACGCAUUUCCUGACUGAAGUGAAAAUAACCUCAAUUGUAUCGGAAGAUUAGAGGAACAGACUACAGGAGCAUGUUACAACUGAAUUGGUGAUUAAAUAAGUGGCCAAGUUACAAUUGGUGGAUGGUGAGGACUAAAUUGUUGCAGUGUAAACAGGAAAUUGGUCUCUCAUGCUGAUGUAGUCUAAAAGAGCUCUCACAUCAAAUGAUGUCAUCAAACUAUGAAUAUUUUGGAUUUAAAAUUUUGGUACACUAAAAGUUUAUUUUUAAACAAAUUCACUAACCAAAUAUCUGAUCACUGUCAAGAAAUUAUCUUCAAAAUGGAGGAUUUAGAAGAAAAUUUUCAUAAAUAAUGAAUCAAUAUGGAAGAAGAACGAACUAUGCAUUCUGCAAUGCUUGCCAGACAAUAAAUGGAUACUUUAUUGUUUCAUACUCAAGAACAACACAGAGUAUGGUAGUAUGAUGCAGACAUCCACAACCAUUGUAAUUCAGCUUUAUACUUGUCAAAAAAUUAGGGAGAGCACAUAGUUUGCUAGAGAAGGCUGAUAAGUGUAGUUACACUUGUCAAAUUUCAUGUGUGCAGCCCUCAGUGUGGAAAAUCAAAAAAGUUUCCCAGACUGCAGCUUGAGUGAGCUAGUGGAAGUAGGUAUAAAUUAUUAAGGUAUAUUCCUAGGCUCCUACUGCAACGACUGUCUGCAGUCUAUUGAUGACAGAUACAACAUUGAUCUACGCAAAAGUGUAAAAUUUUAUUUUGUAUUUUCAUUUUUGAAAUACAUGAAUUCUCAUAUUAUUAAUACAGGGAAACUAGCAGCUAAUGACACGUCAGUAUUUGAUUUUGACUGAAUUAUAGGUUGAAUGAUGGAAAAAUAAUGAUAUUUCAGAGUUUCCGAAUUUUGAAGUAACAAAAGUAGGUAAUUUGAAUCAGAAAUUUUUUAACAAGUCUCUUUGGGAUAGUAAGAAUACUGGUCAUUUGAAUCAGAGAUUUUUAACAAGUCUCUGUGAGAUAGUAAGAAUACUGAGUCUUAGAAUCAGAGAUUUUUAACAAGUCUCUGUGGAUAGGUAAGAAUACUGGUCAUUUGAAUCAGAGAUUUUUAACAAGUCUCUGUGGGUUAGUAAGAAUACUGGUCAUUUGAAUCAGAGAUUUUUAACAAGUCUCCGUGGGAUGAUACAGCAGUACUGCACACAGUAAUGUUAUAAUGAAGGAGUAAGGCUUGAUUGUCAAAGUUUCAGUUGUCUUAGAACAUGUUUUCACUAUUGACAGAUACAUGUACACGUAUUUGUAAAAAAAAAAAAAAAUUAAUGAAUUAAACAUACCUGCUAUGUUAUGUAGACAUUAA